GUAGUGAUGACGAAGAGGCAGCCAGCAAAGAUAAUCAAACAUCCAGCAUUGAGUAAGCUUGCACAUGGGUUUUCAGUCUCAUUGAAAGAAGCUCUCAAGAGUUCGAGUAAAGAACAGCGACUUGAAUCUGAGACGAGUUGAGCUGGGCCUCUCCUCUACGUCAUUUUAUUUACACUUCAGAGAGCGGAGAAGAAGGGAUUAACAUCAGUGAGCCUUGUUGUUGUCUUUAAAAUCAGCUGGACACAUGAUGACCAUCCGUUGAGAGCGUAAAACAUCGUGGCCUUGCUUGGUGACGUGCUGCUCCCUCCUCUGUCCUUGUCCCUGUCUCCAGCCCUGCCCCCACCCGAACCAUCACCAUGGCGAUUAAGAAAGAUGCCGACACCUUGUCGACUGGCUCCAUGCGUUUGAAGCAGGAGAUCUCCCUGCUCCAUGGAGUCUGCCUCAUCGUGGGCAACAUGAUCGGCUCGGGCAUCUUCGUGUCUCCCAAAGGGGUUCUCCUCUACACGGGAUCCUUCGGCCUGUCACUGGUGGUGUGGGCCAUCGGYGGGGUCUUCUCCGUGUUCGGGGCUCUGUGCUACGCCGAGCUGGGAACCACCAUCCACAAGUCUGGGGCCAGUUACGCAUAUAUCCUGGAGUCCUUUGGAGGCUUUCUGGCUUUUAUUAGGCUGUGGACGUCCCUGAUGAUCGUGGAGCCAGCCUGCCAGGCUGUCAUAGCCCUCACCUUCUCCAACUACCUGGUGCAGCCCUUCUACCCCACCUGCACAGCCCCCUACGAUGCUGUGAGACUCAUAGCAGCAGCCAUCAUCGGUCUCCUGACGUGUGUGAACUGUAUGAAGGUGAAGUGGGGGGCCAUUCUCCAGGUGGUCUCUACAGUAGCGAAGGUCCUGGCUCUCAUCGUCAUCAUCAUCGCUGGGAUGGUCAAGCUGGGACAAGGCCAGACGCAGAACUUUGAGGAUUCGUUUAAGGGUUCUAAAGUGAACCCUGGGGACAUGGCCCUGGCUCUGUACGCUGCGCUCUACUCCUAUUCCGGCUGGGACACACUCAACUUCAUCACCGAGGAGAUUAAGAACCCGGAGAGGAACCUUCCGUUGGCCAUAGGGAUCUCAAUGCCCAUCGUCACGGUGAUCUACAUCCUGACUAACGUUGCCUACUACACCGUGAUGAAUGCUGAAACCGUGCUGGCCAGUGAGGCUGUGGCUGUGACGUUUGCUGAUGAGAUGCUGGGCUGGGCUCGGUGGCUGAUCCCCCUGUCAGUGGCCAUCUCCUGUUACGGAGGACUCAACUCCUCCAUCAUCGCUGCCUCCAGGCUGUUCUUCGUGGGCUCCAGGGAGGGUCAUUUACCCAACGUCCUCUGCAUGAUCCACGUCAAGCGCUACACUCCCAUCCCAGCCCUGCUCUUCAACGGCGGCAUGUCUCUGAUCUAG